AUGACAAAAUGAUUAUACUCAACAAAUCACAAAGAUAUCGGAAUAUUAUAUUUUAUUUUUGCCUUAUGAUCAGGAACCAUUGGAGCAUCCAUAAGAUUAAUUAUUCGAAUAGAACUUAGAUCCCCCGGCAAUCUAAUUAAUAAUGACCAAAUUUACAAUUCUAUUAUUACUGCUCACGCAUUCAUUAUAAUUUUUUUUAUAGUUAUACCCUUUAUAAUUGGAGGAUUUGGAAAUUGAUUAAUCCCAUUAAUAUUAGGUAUCCCAGACAUAGCAUUCCCCCGAAUAAAUAAUAUAAGAUUUUGACUUCUUCCUCCUUCAUUAUUCCUUCUAAUUAUAAGAAACUUUAUUGGAGGGGGUGUUGGUACAGGAUGAACUCUUUAUCCGCCUCUAUCAUCCAUUAUUGGACAUAAUUCUCCUUCAGUAGAUCUAAGAAUUUUUUCUCUUCAUAUUGCAGGAAUUUCCUCAAUUAUAGGAGCAAUUAAUUUUAUUGUAACAAUUCUAAAUAUACAUGUCAAAACUCAUUCAUUAAAUUUUUUACCAUUAUUCUCUUGAUCAGUCUUAAUUACAGCAUUCUUACUACUUUUAUCUUUACCUGUUUUAGCUGGGGCAAUCACUAUACUUUUAACAGAUCGAAAUUUUAAUACAUCCUUUUUCGAUCCAACUGGGGGCGGGGACCCUAUCUUAUACCAACAUUUAUUCUGAUUUUUUGGUCAUCCAGAAGUAUAUAUUUUAAUUCUCCCAGGAUUUGGAAUUAUUUCCCAUAUUAUCACUAAUGAAAGAGGAAAAAAGGAAAUUUUUGGUUCAUUAGGAAUAAUCUACGCUAUACUCGCUAUUGGUCUAUUAGGAUUUAUCGUAUGAGCACAUCAUAUAUUUACAGUGGGUCUCGAUAUCGAUACCCGAGCUUAUUUUACUUCAGCAACAAUAAUUAUUGCUAUUCCUACUGGUAUUAAAGUAUUUAGGUGACUUGCAACUAUCUAUGGGUCAAAAAUCCAAUUCUCACCAGCUAUAAUUUGAAGAAUAGGAUUUAUCUUUCUAUUUACAAUAGGAGGAUUAACUGGAAUUAUUCUAUCUAAUUCAUCCUUAGAUAUUAUUCUUCAUGAUACCUAUUAUGUAAUUGGCCAUUUUCAUUAUGUUCUAUCUAUAGGGGCAGUAUUUGCUAUUAUCGCAGGAUUUAUCCACUGAUACCCUCUAAUUUUUGGAUUAUCAAUAAAUAAACUAUGACUAAAAAUCCAAUUUACUUCAAUAUUUAUUGGAGUAAAUAUAACUUUUUUCCCUCAUCAUUUUCUAGGUUUAGCAGGAUUCCCUCGACGUUAUUCCGACUAUCCUGAUAUAUACACUCCUUGAAAUGUUAUCUCUUCAAUUGGCUCUAUAAUUUCUUUUUUUUCUAUAAUUUUUUUUAUUUUUAUUAUUUGAGAAUCUUUUAUAUCACAACGAAUUAUCUUAUAUAAAUUUUUUAUAUCUCCUAAUUUAGAAUGAAACCACUCCUAUCCACCAAUAAUCCACUCUUAUCAAGAAAUUCCCUAUACUACUAAUUAA